AUGGAAGGGUCUCUCCAACUCCUGGCCUGCUUGGCAUGUGUCCUCCAGAUGGGAUCACUUGUGAAAACUGGAGAUGCUCUGGCGGAUUUGCUCAACACAGAGGUGCACAGCGUGCCGGAGCAGCGCUGGUCCAUGCAGGUGCCCUCCGAGGUGAGCGCGGAGGCGGGCGACGCGGCGAUGCUGCCCUGCACCUUCACGCACCCGCAUCGCCACUACGACGGACCGCUGACGGCCAUCUGGCGCGCGGGAGAGCCCUAUGCCGGCCCGCAGGUGUUCCGAUGCACCGCGGCGCGAGGCAGCGAGCUGUGUCAGACGGCUCUGAGCCUGCAGGGCCGCUUCCGCCUGCUGGGCAACCCGCGCCACAACGACCUGUCACUGCGCGUCGAGCGCCUCGCCCUGGCGGACAGUGGCCGCUACUUCUGCCGUGUGGAGUUCGCCGGCGACGCCCAUGACCGCUAUGAGAGCCGCCACGGGGUCCGGCUGCGCGUAACCGCUGCACCGCGGAUCGUCAACAUCUCGGUGCUGCCAGGCCCCGCGCACGCCUUCCGCGCACUCUGCACUGCCGAGGGGGAGCCCCCGCCUGCCCUCUCCUGGUCCGGCCCCGCCCUGGGCAACAGCUCAGCGGCCGAGCAGAGCAAGGGUCACGGCUACCAGGUGACCGCCGAGCUGCCGGCGCUGACCCGAGAUGGGCGCUACACGUGCACGGCAGCCAAUAGCCUGGGCCGCGCAGAGGCCAGCGUCUACCUGUUCCGCUUCCGUGGCGCCCCCGCAUCCUCCACUCUGGCGCUCCUGCUAGGCGCGCUGGGUCUCAAGGCGCUGCUGCUGCUUGGUGUUCUGGGUGCGCGAGCCACCCGCCGACAACUAGAUCACCUGGUCACUCAGGACACCCCUCCACGGUCUCAGGCUCAGGAGUCCAAUUAUGAAAAUCUGAACCAGAUGAGUACCCCAGGCCACCAGCUGCCACGUGUUUACUGUGAGGAAGUUCUGGGCCAUCAUCAUCCAGUUGUGCACCGUGAGAAAUGA